AUGUUGGUAGGGCAAACCGGCAAAGACCGAUUCCACUCAGCUCCUGCACCGAGUGAUGGCGCUGCAGCUUCGGCGGUAGGGGUUGGCCUGCGCCCCCGGCCGGCAGUUGUAGUACGACGCGCCGCGCCGCGAGCAGGGGACGCUGUUCCUCUGCAGCGCGCCGUAGCUGAUGUACCGCCUGCUGGUCAGGAUGCGCCGAGUCGACUCCGAUUCCAACGCGAACUCCUCGUCCUCGUCCUCGAGGCACUCGCCGACGGUUCCCCUGCAGCCGGAUAUCGCCGGCAACCCGACCGCCGCCUCGCGGUCGCCGCCGGCCGACGCCUGGGAGGCUAA